AUGGCAGUUGCUUCUUCAACCUCGAGCGACAGCAGCUCGAGCCAAUCUACCUCUCCCGAGCCUGGUCACAAGCAAACCAAGGCAGUCAAAGCAAUCAACAAGAAAAAGGAUGUGAUCGAGGCAGAUGUGUCAGAGUCUUCCGAUUCCUCAGAUUCAUCCGACUCGGACUCGAGCUCCGAAGCAGGCUCGGAUUCCGAAAGCGGUUCGGGCAGCUCCAGCGAGAUGGAUACUAGAGAGGAUACGACAGAAGAUUCUUCCUCGAAGAAAGUCCAUAUCCCCGGUCCAAACCAGCCCUACAAACCACCCUCCGGCUUCAGAUCCGCCAAAAAGCAAGUGCCCCCGUCCUCGAGCGCAUCUGCUGCCCUCUCCAAUCUGCGCGGCAAGCAAGUCUAUCACAUCACUGCGCCUUCCUUUCUUCCACUCUCAAAGGUGAAGGAGAUUACCAUGUCGAAGGUCUUGAAGGGCGAGCCAUUGAUAACGCUUGAUGGCAAACAAUACGGCAUCCCGGCCGAUUCUAUUGAAGAGAACGACCCUGAGGGCAAGUCCUUGCUCACUUUCGACGAGACCACCCAGACGUAUUGCCAUAGGGCGGAUCACAUUCAAAGUCUCCAUGUACAGGAAUUGAUAGGCCUGCCCAUAGAAGCUGCUAGCUCCAACGCGGCGGCGAUCGAGACGUUGCGCAAUUAUGUCAAGCCACCGCGGCCUCAGCCAAAGGGCAUGAAGAUGCGUUUCCGACCCGUUGGAAGUCUGCCAAGUGCACCGGAAACACUUGGAGCCAGCUCGGAAUCCGAAUCUGAAGAGUCGCGUCCCCAGAUUUCCUCUGAUAAGAAGGAGAAAGAACGCAAGCGAAAGCACCACCACACUGAUGCAGAUGCUUCGCAAGCUGUUGCCGAGCCUCGUAAAAAAUCGAGAAAACACGCGCAUGACCGGGCAGAGGAGGCAGAGCCGAUCCAGAAGAAGUCAAAGAAGUCUUCAAAAGAUCGUGAAGAGAAAAAGCGGAAGAAGUCCGAAAAAGCAUAA